CUAUCCGACGGUUUUUUAAAAUCAGCGGUAUCAGAUCUUUGGUCCUUCCUCGAUCUAUUCCAUACCCGUCAUGUCCCAGAAGGAAGGAAAGAAAGAUGCUUCUCAAUUCCCCUUUGUUUCGCCGCAUGGAGUUGCUGGUCACGGCAUGCACAUGGAUGCUCCUGCUGCUCUCUGCCGCCAAUGCCCGUCCCAACAUUAUCGUGAUGCAACCGGAUGAUUUUCAGUUCUUUACGGAAUGGGAUCCUCCGGCUCAUCGAGCGGGCGCCACAUUGUAUUCGGACACUGAUUAUUUGCCCCAUUUGACCCGGUUCCGCGCCAAUGGUCUCGAGAUGAAACGCGCUUACACGGCCAGUUCCAUGUGUGGCACCAGUCGGUAUUCCACCAUGACGGGUCGCUAUCCGAGUCGAUCCUCCAACUCCCGGCAACGCAAUGCCGGUCUAGAUCUGCCCCUCGUCACGAUUCCGACUACCAAAUUGGUCGAUAUAGCAACCGAUGGUGUAGAGGAUGGACUGGAUUGCAGUGUCAGCAACGUGGCUGUCAUGUUGCAGAGCAAUGGGUACAGGACGGGCAUGUUUGGCAAGUGGCACUUAUAUGCCGGCAAUCGGGGGGAUCCCUAUGACUAUUCGGCCAUUCAAUCCAUUAUACGGUCGUGUGGAUUUGAUGUCGCCGAGGCGGUGUAUUGGCAAAACUUGAAUGAUGAUUGGACCAAUGGCGGACGAUUUACACACAAUUUGGAACACAUGGCAGCCGAGGCUAUCGAGUUUAUCGAUGCGUCCUUGGAUGCCCAACAAGACUUUUUCAUGUACUUUAAUCCAACGGCUCCACAUGGAUCGGGCAAUGUCUUUCAGGCAUUGACCCAGCAUUCCUGUCAAGAAGCACCCGAAGGAACAUUGCCAGAGGAGCCCGUAGUGCCUGGCAUGACUGGAGACGGAGUGGGCUGUCAGGCGUAUCGACAGAGUGUGGUGGACCGGGCCAAUGGGGAUACAUCAAAUGCUAUUCUGGGAGCGAUUUGGGUGGAUGAUACCGUUGGGGCGCUACUGCAGCAUUUGGAAACCAGAGGCAUUCUGGAAAACACGCUGUUCUUGUUUCAAUUGGAUCAUGGGCAAGAAGCUAAAAGUACCCUAUACGAACCAGGUGUCCGCAUUGCUCAGUUCAUCCACUACCCCAAGGAAAUACCGGCAGGAUCGACGUUUGAAGGCUUGGUGUCCACCAUUGACAUUGCUCCUACAUUGGCCGACUAUGCCGGCAUCUCUGAAUCCAGCUCCAAUGGUUGGUACGAAACGGAUGGAGUAUCAUGGAAGGAUCGUUGGGCUAGACCGGUCGUCGAUGACCGUUGCCUAUUGGUAGAACUCGACUAUGAUCGAGCGGUCGUCUGCAAGUGUGAAAAGUACUUGGUCAUUGGAAGCACAGCCGACAGUACCACUCUUAGCCGCGCCACUCGUUUUGGUCUCGUCGGAUCGUCACCGGCAUCCUUUGACUUGUGCGACGGCGACGGUGCGUAUCGUACAUCACCAGAUAACAGUCCAGAAGCUUCCGUCGCUGAUACGAUCGACUCUCGAUUGGAAGAUCUGAUGGACUGCCAUGUUGCCAUGACCGAUCCAGAUGAAACCCCAGCGUACGGCACUUGCAAUGCAUUGGCAUUGGGACCUACCCCGGCUCCAACCACAGCAGAAGCAGAAGGAGAUCGAGGAGAAUACAUUGUAGACGUCUUGGAGGAUGCAGUGGCGGACUCGAAUGCUACCAAUGUGACGGCAGCUCCCAUCGUAUCCUCGUCAUCGUCUACGGUAACCGUUUCCGUAAGUAUUUUGAAAGCUGGAGACGGUGAUGCUGAAGGCAAAGAGGAGCCAGAACUCAUCAUGGUGGACGCUUCCACCAGUAGUGGAACUCUGACGCUGCGCUCCAUUGCCGUGCAGGUUCCUUGGGUUGUGGCGACAGUUGUCUGCCUUUUUGCGCUAUAGAAAUAACGUCUUAAUUCAUAACAUCAUUGGUUGUAUGGUACCUCCGGGAUCUCUCUCGUAACUACGGUAGCACCGUUCCAUAGAAGGAAAGCGUGUGUUGGCAAAUGUCACUGGGGUCCACAGCAAUCUCUAGCUGCCCACUUCGUCACAUGACAGCCCAGACCUACUUCCGCACCGUUACUAGUAACGCCGACAAGAUUUCAAAGGGGAGAAAACCACCUUCGUACCUUCGCGGACGCGGUUUGAGUUUAGAAUUCAAACGCAUCAUCGU